GGCUGUGGGCGGGGCUAGCGGGGCGCUCGGACGCCGGGGACCGGCCGGCUGGAUCUCGGUCCUCCCCAGUUGUAGGGCGCUGACGGCUUGAGAGCGCGGCGGGUCUCGGAGGCCCCGCUGCUGCCGGAUCCGGGCAGGUCCCUACUGUCCUCGCCGCCCCCGGCCCGCACCGAGAGCCAUGGCCCAGCCGCCGCCCGACGUCAGUGAGGACGAGUGUCUCCCUGAGUACCGCCAUCUCUUCUGCCCCGACCUGCUCUGGGACAAAGUGGCCUUCAUCCCAGGUGGCGGCUCUGGGAUCGGGUUCCGGAUUGCUGAGAUUUUUAUGCGGCACGGCUGCCACACAGUCAUCGCCAGCAGAAGCCUUCUAAGAGUGUCAAAGGCUGCGGGAAAGCUGACUGCCGCCACUGGCCGGCGGUGCCUCCCUUUAUCUCUGGAUGUUCGGGCUCUCCCAGCCGUCGCAGCUGCCGUGGACCAGGCGCUGAAGGAGUUUGGGAAAAUCGACAUUCUUGUUAACUGUGCAGCUGGAAACUUCCUGUGCCCUGCCAGCACAUUGUCCUUCAAUGCCUUUAAGACCGUGAUGGACAUCGACACCUUGGGCACCUUCAACACAUCUCGUGUGCUUUAUGAAAAGUUCUUCAGGGACCAUGGAGGGGUGAUCGUGAACAUCACCGCGACCCUGGGUACCCGGGGGCAGGUGCUUCAAGUGCAUGCAGGCUCUGCCAAAGCAGCUGUGGAUGCAAUGACACGGCACUUGGCUGUGGAGUGGGGUCCCCAGAACAUCCGUGUCAACAGCCUCGCGCCUGGCCCCAUCAGUGGCACAGAGGGGUUCCGGCGGCUGGGUGGCCCCCAGGCCAGUGCCGGCACUAAGACUCUGGCCAUCCCCCUGCAGAGGCUGGGCAACAAGACAGAGGUCGCCCACAGCGCACUAUACCUGGCCAGCCCUUUGGCAUCCUACGUGACGGGUGCCGUGCUGGUGGUUGACGGUGGGGCAUGGCUGACAUUCCCCAAUGACAUCAAGUUGCUGGACAAUUUCGCAUCCUUCUCUGCGAAGCUCUAGACUGGCCACUCAGGGGUGCUGCCCAGGGGAUGUGCAGGAGGCAGAAGCUGGUGCCCCUCGGCCUUCCCCUGUGACCUUGGCAUCUGCCGGAAUUUCUGACAGGCACAGGACGGCUAAAGCAAAGGAGCCAUUCUGAAGGGAAGCUGGUCCACAGUCCCCCUGGGACUCCUCCUACAGUGCUCCUCCCACGACUGCCUCCCACCACAAACUGGACAGUCUCAGCAGCAUCUAAACCACAGACUGGCCCCUCCUCUGGGAACUGUGCUGUGUCCACAUUCCCUCCCCAUGGCCCCGUCUCCCGUGCUCAGGUGGGAGUGACCGGGCAGUGAGGCCAUCUGCUCACCUGGAUGUCUGCCAGGGGGACUGUAACAUUCUGGAGCUCCCUCAGGAGUUGACCUGGGGUCUGCGGCUGUCCCCCCUGUCUGCCCUCUCUUGUCCUGGCCUGGGAGCCCUUUGUUGUCCUCCUGCCUGUGUCCCCUGGGUGCCCUGAGGUGGCCCCACUGCCUGGCUGCAGAAACCGGGGCAUCUCAGCCUCCCUGUCUUCCCUUCCUGGCUCUUCCACUUGGGGAUCUUACUCCACAAGGGAAAGCCAGACCAGAGAGGCUAGAGAAGCAGGUUUGAUCCCUCCCAGCCCAGGCCUGGGGUCCUGGAUCUCCUCACCAGAGUGUUGGGCUGCAGAUGGGAUCCCCUGGCCGGGGGACAUCCAUCCCUCUCAGCCAUUGGUGACAUGGACUGGGUUGUCUUCCACCUGCCCUGGAGUCUGUCCUUUGCUGGGACAUUCCCAUGGACUUAGUCCUGCGUCAUUCCAGGCCUGACUUUCUAGGCCCUCCACCUGGCACACAGCCCUCUCCUCCCUGUCUGUACCACCGGUUGGCAUAAGCAUAGGUCCUAGCAUUUUGCCAAUAAAUGCAUUUCCCUAAAAAAUAUUCUUUUUAC